AUGACGGACGAUCUGAACAAACAUGUGACUCUACCAUCUGAGGACUACUAUUGUCGGCGUUUUCUGCCUAACACCUUUGACCCCUCUCGCUGUGGCGCCUGUCUGCGGCCAAAUCAUAUGCACCUUGGCAACAAUACUGCACAACCUGAUUCUUCACAAGAGUGGACUUCUAGUGAUGAUGAUCAUGUACUCUCUGAGGUGACCUCAAGCGCCAGCAGUGAUGACAUUAGAGGUAGUUGGACCUACGAGUGGAGUCUUGUUCACAGUGUGAGCCCUGAGUGGGAACUUGAUAGCUGUGACGCUGACAUACAAUCCAGCUCCGCAAAUAAUUCGGACAUUCAACAGAGGAGAAGAUCCCUCAGUGUAGAGAGGAACUGUGUGGACCAAGAAGAUAUGACCCGGAUGGAUCCUUCUCUCGUUUGCAGUACUCGAAGCCCCUGGAUGGAUGAGAGGAGAGGUAGAGACCGAUCCCGCAGAGGGUCAGAAUCCAGGGGAGUCAAGGAACAAGAGAGUGGAUACUUCUCACCAGACAGAAGGACUGAUGGUGAUCAGACAGAGGACAGCAGCAAAAGGGCUUAUCGUUACUAUGAGAGGGGUCACCCGCUCCCUAACAACUAUGUCCCUGAGCCCAAAGCUUCUGUCCCAUACAGGAACGUCAAUCUUGGUGUUCCAUCCCAACGGAGAAACCAAGAAACCUACAUGCAAGAUUCUUGGAGAAGUGAAUCGCCUCAGAGAUACACUUAUCACUCCAAUUUUAGGAGGGGGGCUGACUCAUUGAGGAAUUCUCCGACACGCCACAGUUCAGCGAGCCCAGACAGAUACAGAAGAUCAGACAACCGAAUGCGCUCUCUCUCUAGAAGUGGGACUCGAUGUAAUGCAGCAUCUCAGCAUACAUCCGGCAGGUCCAGUCCAUCUCGUAGACAGGGUUCCUUUGCCUCACGGGCUGCAUCACCAUCCAGACUGACACCUUCUCAUCAGUGCUUUUUCCAGAACGAAGGAUAUGAAUCACAAAGAGGAUGCAGUCGUGAGUCCAGGCGCCCGUCACAGACUUCCAACAAACAUAGUUUAGACUCCGAGAGGCUCUACAGGAAUCUGGAGUCUAUCUCCCGCCGUGCCUCCUCCUCAACAUUUUAUCAAAACACAAACAAGGGAUCCCAAAGAACUCCUCAGUCAAGGGAAGCAUCCCCAUGCAGAAAUGGCUCACACAGCCGCACAUCACAGAGGGAGCUAUCCUCCAGAGACAGCAGACACAGCGUUUCCCCAGGUUCCUGGAAGGGAUCAUCGCAGUCUGUGCUCAGCAUCCCCGUCUCCUGUGGGUCCUCCACUUCAAAACAAGGUGUGUGCUCUCAGGAGUCAGCUGUAUCGCCGCUCCAUGCUGCAAUAGUGGAAACGGAUAAGGGCGCUGAUGAGACUAUUACGCUCAGCGGCGACAGAAGCAGGAGUAGCGUGAGGCGAGGCAUGGAGGCCUUGUUGCUGUCUGAGCCUAAGAGGACUGCACAAGAAUUGGAGGCGGCGAUGACAAUGGAAGACUACAUAGUUCUGGCUGACAUUCCAACAAUCCAGCUGGAGUCAGAGGAAGAGUAUCCUGGGCUUAGAAGAAGGAACCAGAGUCCCAGUCCUUGUAGGGACCAAAGGAUACGGACUCAAAGCCGUCAAGAUCAGUCAGACUUCUACAACUGGAAGUUUGAGUCGGACGAGAGGGGCCGAGGCAGAGAGCGAGGGAGAGACAGGAGAGAGAAGGACUCAGAAAAUGGACGACUUUCUCAAAGGCAGUCGACAGCAUCGCUUAAUUUGCAGAACCCGGAGAAGCAAAGGGAGGCGCCUGCAACGGCAAAGGAGCGAGCGCCUCCUGGCAGUCCACUGACACAGGGGUGGAUGUCUCUACUGGAUGAAAACGGACAGUGGAGGAAAUAUUGGUUUGUCCUGAGUGAUGCAUCGCUGAAGUAUUACAGGAACACCAAAGCUGAGGAGUCGGAUGAUGUAGAAGGAGAGAUCGGCCUUUCCUCGUGUGUCAGCGUGUCAAACUGUGACGUGGAGAACAACUACGGCCUCCAGAUUGAAACAAAGAGGGCAGUGUUCACUCUCUUUGCAGUAACCUCUAGGUUGCGGCAGAACUGGGUGACGUUACUGAAGCAGGCCAUCCAGAACAACAUAAACCAAUCAGACAGCAGUAGCGAGAAAGGGAACCCCAUCUCCUGCGGACUGUCGUCAUGCCAACCAGCUGCUCGCUUCACCUGCCCCGACUUUGAGCCAACACAUUCCCACACCACAGCAACCUACUCCCACCAGGCCAAUGGCCCACAUCAACUUACUGACGUGAAAGUGCAUGCAAACGUGUUCUCGGACCUUCACAAAGAAGAAGAUUUGGACUGUGACUGGGCAAAGCGACUGGAGGAGAGGAACAAGUGGUUUGAAGACGGCGUCCCUUUCACAGAAAUGGGCAGCCGGUGGGACGACAUGCAGCUGAAGAGGGGGAGUGUACCUGUGCCAAUCCUUGACACCAUGGACUCAGCGGUAAGCAGGAAGUGGACGGAAUUGGAAAGGCUGUCAUCGAGGGGCAUGACUGCACAAUCGCUCAUUGGAGCCCAGGCAUAUCAAACAAUCACACCCUAUUCCAAUGAGCCUCCGGUUGAUUCUCAGACAUGCGAAUCGAGCCCUGCUAGAGAAGAAGCGAUUGUCACCAGUUUACCAUCAGACACAUCCUGCUCUAAGGAGGCUUCCCAAUCUAUGAAUGGGUUGCACAUUGUUCAAACAAACACAGCUGAAGCCCUACAAAAGGAGGCCCAGUCCCUUCGAAAACAAGUAGAGAGCAUUAAGAAAGAGCGUGCCAACAUGGCGAUAAAGGUUGACAGCCCGUGUGGACCCACGGCCCCCUGCAGGGCUAUGCUUGAAGCUAUGGAAGCAGCCCAUCAGAAAGAACUACAGGAGCUGCAGGAGAAACAUGAGAAGGAGAUCAGCGAGCUGGAAAGACAAAGACAAAGGAUGCUAGAGGAGGAGCGACAAGCUUCUACUAAAGCAUUGGAGGCACUGAGCGCAGCCCACAGUGAGGAGCUGGAGGCCAGGAGGCUGGAGGAGGCACACAUGGAGACAUCUUACAGAGUGCCCCAGGACGACAUGUGGCGCAGCGAGUUGGAUGUGCUGUCUGAACGAUACUCUCAAAAAUGCCUGGAACUGAGCCGCACUGAGGAGAACAAACGAAGUAGAGAAGCAGAGCUUGGAUGCAAAGUGAGAGAAAUGGAGCAGCUCAAGCUAGAGAACCAGGAGCUUAAAGACAAGCUGGCAGAAGAGAUUAGCCGCAUGCGUUAUUUCAUCACAGGGCAGAGGCCAGACGUGGUGUCCCUUGGCAACGCUGCAUUAGAAGUUGAGGGAGCCAAGAACAACAAGGCUUAAAGUUUGUCAAGCAAAGUGAAAUGAAGGUUUCGGCAGCUCGAGAUGGUUUCUCUCCAUGAGCACUUGAGACUGGUCAACGCAGCACUACAGAGGAAGAGUGAUGGAAGCAACAAAUGAGAAAAAAAAAUGUCAAAGGCCCCUUUAGACGCAUUUUAUUGACUCACUUUGAGUUGACAACAUGCAAAUAAGAGUGAGGUGUUUUCAUUAUGCAAGCCUCACUUGAUAUGGAUUUGUUAAAAUAUGUUUUGUUGAUAUAGAUAAAUGGCAUAAGACAGAGGUAGGAGAUAUGCAAAUCUGGGGAUAUCUGGAAUAUCUGGAAGCACAAACACCUCAUUCCUCCUUUGACCAUCUGAUAUUCAACUCAACAAUAAACUCUAUAUAUGGAAAUA